AUGGAAAAAGGGAAGUCUGAGGUGGCAGUGAGCGACAUGGUUAGCUACAAACUGCAGACAUUGGAUUUGUUUCUUAGAUUCUUAGUGUUUGCGGCAUCACUUGUGGGUUUGCUGGUUAUGGGCACUAGCACGGACACCGCACUUACAGAGACAACGGAACUCGAAUACUUCCCAGCCUUGAUAUACUUUGAGGUAGCGCUUUCAAUAGCUGGAUUUUACGCUAUUAUCACAGUGAUUGGAUCCUUUAUGGCCAGCGGGAAACCAAAUCCCUCUAAGAAGCUAUUGAUCCUAUCUGCAGUAUUUGAUGCGAUGAUGGUUGGGAUUGUGGGCUCAGCCACCGGUUCAGCAGCCGCCUUCGGGUACGUCGAUCUUAAGGGCAGUCCUGAGAUGGGAUGGAUGUAUAUGUGCCAUGAAUUCCAACAUUUUUGCCGCUACAUUGCGGUUGCAUCGGCAAUCUCUUUGUUUGAAUCCAUUGUCCUCGUCUUGCUUGUUUUGUGCUCUACGUACCACCUCUACCAUUUGAGCCGGUGA